AUGGGCGAGCUCGAUGACAAGGCCAAGGCCGAGAAGCUGGCGGCCAUGAAGAAGAAGGCACGUGCUGGCAUCGUGGCCCUCCCUCCAGCCCUAUCCGAGCCCGAGAAGGGAGACGUCGCCGUGGAGGAUGCGCCCGCCGAGUCCGCCGAACCGCCCACGUCCCCGACGCAAGAUCCCGCGUCGCUCGCGCAGCAGUCCAAGAUGCGGUCGUCGAGCUUCCGCAAGGGUUCCGGUCCGCUCUCGCCCGGACUCUCGAGCCCCGACGGCACGACAGCGCCGGAAAUAUACAGGAAGAAUGUGGCGCGGAUCGAGGAGUUGGAAAAGGAGAAUGAACGUCUCGGCAAGGAGGUUCAGGAUUCCGAGAGGAGGCGCAAGAAGGCGGAGGAGGAGCUCGAGGAGCUGCGGGAGGCUGAUUCCCCGCCAGGGAAACUGGCGCAGGUGGCGGCCAGGUUGAGAAGCUCGACUACUGCUAACUCGGAACGGCAAAAUGCGCAACUUCAGCAGCAAGUUUCCCGAUCGAAGCAUGGCAAGGACGCUUCCUCCGAAGACCUCGCGGAGCAGCUUGCUUCCAAGUCGGCCACCAUCGAAUCCAUGGAGCUUGAGCUCUCCAAACUACGGGCCGCGCUAGACCGGCACUCGUCGGGCAUGUCCUCGGAAAAGGAGCAAAUCGGGGCACUUGAGGGAAAGCUGGCGCGGGCGGAGCGUGCCGCAGCCUCGGCCCAGCAGGAACUUGGUGACCUUCGACGCAACCUCGACAGGACGGCGGAGAAGGCAGUCAGGGACAGCAGCGAGAAAACGAGCGUAGCGACCAAACUUCGAACGGUGGAACACGAACUCGCCGACCAACUCGCCGUUAGAGCAGACCUGGAAACCAAGGUAGACGCCCUCGAGCAAAAAGUGGCCACUCUUACAACUCUCCACCGGGAACAGGAUUCUCGGAGCCAGGCUCUGCGGCGCGAAAAGGAGCGGGUGGACGGCGAGGUGAGGGACCUCCGGUCCAAAACGGAGCACCUCGAGGCGGAAAAGGCCAAGCUCAAGUCUAGGCAGUCCCUGGACGGCGGUAUCGACGAUGACGCCGUCGACGAGCUCGUAGACGAGGGCCGAUCGAAUCUCGAAAAGAGAAUAAGGGAGCUAGAGGCGGAGAACCACGACUUGCGCCGCGGUAUUUGGAAGGACAGGAGGCGCGAGCUCGAGGAAACAUCACGGGGCGGCGGCAUUGGAGACUUCAUCGCAAGCGGGAUCAACGCCCUCACCGGCGCAGACGACGACGAUGACUUCCUUCCUGAUGACGAUGACGGCAUAGAGUUCGACGAGACCGCUUUUAGGAAAGCGCAGGCCGAGGAGAACACUAGGCGACUAGAAAGGAUCAAGGAGGUCAAGAGAGGACUCAAAAAUUGGGUAGGGUGGCGGCUAGACCUCAUCGAGAACCGUCGAGGUGCUGGCGAGGGUGUCGGCGAAAUCUUUGAGAUUUGA